UAUUAAAAUGGCCGCCUCCAUGUCAGUAAAAGAAAAGUAAACAGUAAACGAAGUUAUUGUGAUUUUAUUCUCAUACGUGAGUCGUAUUUACAAAAAUGUCGUCUUUUAAGGAUAGUAUUUUAGAAGCAAAAGUUGGAAAUUUACACAGAUUGAUAGAAAAUGGACGUCAAAAGUAUCUUAUCUUUACCAAAAUGGGAAAGAGUUUAUCCCUAAACGCCACGGAUGGUAUUGAUGUUUGGCGACUGGAUAUGGACGAAAAAGAGUUAGAGUCGCUAAGAGAGUUGUCUGAAACGUCAUCAAAUGAGGCUUUUCUUCUUAAAAUUAGGAAGGGAUUUACAGAUGGAGAUCUUUCUGUGGCAUUAAUAGGAAAUAGAAUAACUUUAACGAUUGGCAAAGGUCCAAGUGCAUUGACCUUUGACUUAUAUGAGUGCAAAGCUGUUGAGAAGAGAACAGAACUGCAGGAUUUAUUGUUUCGAUUGGCCUCAUCAUCUACAAAACUUGAAGGUGAACUUGCAGCAGCUAACAAAACAAUAGAGAACUUGAAAUCUCAGACAGCAAGUGCUAGUGCUGGAGCUUCAGCCAUGGAUUUUGGUUCAAAACGGGAGUCUCGUGCAAAACCCAUGCCAAAGAAAGUAGGCAUGAGUGUGAUCAAUCCUGGCAGCAAAAAGAGGAAGGCUGCAACAGGAAUCGAGUUUGACUGAUCACACUGGUUACUUAGUCCUUCAACUUCAGACAGGUGGAGCUUGAUUGUUAGAAGUAGAAGACAUUGAAGGAUUAGUUCCCUGGUUUUUCUCGUUGGUUCACUGGCAGGUGAUAGCUUUUCAGAGCUUUUCAUCAGCAGUACAAGACUUACAGGUUGUUGGCAGCUAAUCCUACAAUAACACACACAUUUAUUGAUUUGUUAUCUCAAUAUUCACAAUUAGCUAGUUUUAGAGCAUUCAUCAGUUCAACCAAAUCUUUGUUUUUGAUAUAUUCUGGUUAAGGAAACUGUUGAAAAAAAAAGAUCAGAAAAUAAGAAAUUUUGAUGAAAGGACAUAUUUUCAUAGCUUAGAAAGAUAUAAAUGUACAUUUACUUCAAUAUUUCAUCAGAGUUGUUGGAUGAAAGACUUUAUUACAUGCAUGGUUGAUACAUAUUUAAGAAUCACUUUCUCAGUGGCUUGAUGACACAUGCAUUUUUUUUAUACAAUUGUCUUGGUUUAAGAUAAAUAUACCAUGCUUAAUAUAUGUAGUAAAUAUUUGCCAUAA